AUGGAGCGCAGACUGCAGGCCCUGGACAGGCUGGUGAGCGGGGAGCGCAGGGGCCCGGAGCCGGCUGGCCUCCUGGACGGGCUGCUGGACCUCCUGCUGGGGCUGCACCAGGAGCUCUCCAGCGCCCCCCUGCGCCGGGAGAGGAACGUGGCGCAUUUCCUCAGCUGGGCCGCCCCCUUCGUGAAACAGGUGAAAGAACUGAGGCUCCAGAGGGAUGACUUUGAGAUCCUCAAAGUGAUUGGCCGGGGGGCCUUUGGGGAGGUCGCCGUGGUGAGACAAAAGAACACCGACCAGAUCUUUGCCAUGAAGAUGCUGCAUAAAUGGGAGAUGCUGAAGAGGGCCGAGACUGCCUGCUUCCGGGAGGAGCGAGACGUCCUGGUGAAGGGAGAUGGCCGCUGGGUGACGACGCUACAUUGGGCUUUCCAGGAUGAUGACUAUCUGUACUUGGUCAUGGACUACUAUGCUGGUGGAGACCUGCUGACCUUGCUGAGUCGUUUUGAGGACCGGCUGCCCCCGGAGCUGGCACAGUUCUACCUGGCUGAGAUGGUGCUAGCCAUCCACUCCCUUCACCAGCUGGGCUAUGUGCACAGGGACGUCAAGUUGGACAACGUGCUCCUGGACACAAAUGGACACAUUCGCCUGGCCGACUUUGGCUCCUGCUUGCGGCUCAACGCCAACGGAAUGGUGGACUCCUCGGUGGCUGUUGGCACCCCUGACUACAUCUCCCCCGAGAUCCUCCAGGCCAUGGAGGAAGGAAAGGGCCACUACGGGCCACAGUGUGAUUGGUGGUCCCUGGGGGUCUGUAUGUAUGAGCUGCUCUUUGGAGAAACCCCCUUCUACGCUGAGUCUCUGGUGGAGACCUACGGCAAGAUCAUGAACUAUGAGGACCAUCUGCAGUUUCCCCCAGACGUCCCCGAGGUGUCAGAGAGUGCCCGGGACCUGAUCCGCAAACUCCUGUGUUGCCAGGAGGAGAGACUGGGCCAGGGGGGCCUGGAUGACUUCCGGGGGCACCCCUUCUUUGAGGGGGUAGACUGGGAGCAGCUCCCAAGCAGCACUGCCCCCUACAUUCCAGAGCUCCAGGGGCCCAUGGACACCUCCAACUUUGACGUGGACGAUGACACCCUUAACCACCCGGGGACCCUGCCGCCUGCGUCCCAUGGGACCUUCUCCGGCCACCACCUGCCUUUCGUGGGUUUCACCUUCACCCCCAGGCCUGGCUCAAAUGAGAGCCCUGACUUGCUGGCCUCUAGUCUGGAGUGGAGAAUGCAGAGCCUGGAGCAGGAGAAGGCAGAGCUGAGCCACAAGCUGCAGGAUGCCCUGCAGAAAGCCGCCCCCGGCCGCAAGGAGCUGGAGCAGCUGAAGAAGGAGGUGGAAACCCUCCGGAGGAAGCUGGCAGAAGCCCAGGCUGAGGGCGCUCCCGGCGGGAGGCCGGCCCCUGGGAGCAGCUGGCAGCAGGAGAGAGGCCAGCUUUGCCAGGAGCUGUCGGAGGCCCGGGCCCAGCUGCAAGCCCAAGCCCAGCAGCUGGUCAUCUCUGAUGGGCGGCAGAAGGAGCUGCAGCAGAGGCUUCGGGAGGCUGAGGAGGCCGCGGGGGCUGCCAGGAGCCGGGCCCAGGCCCUGAGCCAGCAGCUGGAGGACGCCCGGGAAGCCCAGAGCCAGAGGAGGAAACUGAGGCACAGAGGAAAUACAUGGCCCGCCUAUGGACAUGGCACUCAUAAGUGUCUGGGGCAGGAUUUGAACCCUAGUCUCCCAUGCGGCACCCAGCUGGAGGCCCAGGCGGCUGCCUUGAGCAGCGACGUGAUGCGGCUCAGAAAGCAGAGGGAGAGGAGCCGGGAGAAGGAGAGGUCCAGAGUCAAGGCCACCCAUCCCCCCCCUGAGACCAACGGCUCUGGCCCCCUGAGCCCUGACGGGGCUGGCCAGCAGGAGGCCCUGAUGAAGGAGCUGGAAGCUCUGAGAUCUCAGCUGGACCAGGCUAGGAGCCAGGGCACCACCGGCCCGAAAGGAAAGGAUGAACUCUGUAGGCUGCAGGAGGAGAACAGACGUCUGACGCGGGAGCAGGAGCAGCUGUCUGGAGAGCUGGAACAAGAGAAGCAGAUCAAGAAACAGCUGGAAGGAGAGAGGCGGGAGAGGGAAAGCAGCUGGGAGGCCCAGAUUUCCGACAUCCUCACCUGGGUGAAUGACGAGAAGGUCUCUCGAGGCUACCUGCAGGCUCUGGCCACCAAGAUGGCGGAGGAGCUGGAGGCCUUACGCGCUGCGGGCACCCAGACGCUCCCUGCCCGGCCGCUGGACCACCAGUGGAAGGUCCGGCGGCUCCAGAAGAUGGAGGCCUCGGCCAAGCUGGAGCUGCAGUCCGCGCUGGAGGCCGAAAUCCGAGCCAAGCAGAGCCUUCAGGAAGAGCUGGGCCGGGUGCAGGAAGCCCAGCGCCGAGGGGAGAGCCUCCUGCAGGAAGCCGAGAAGCGAAACCAGGCGCUGCAGCAGGAGCUGGCCGGCCUGAGGGAGGAGCUGAAGGCCCGGGGGCAGGAGGAUUCCAAACCGUCCAAUCCCCUGAUUCCGUUCCUGUCCUUUCGGAGCUCAGAGAAGGAUGCUUCGAAGGACACUGCCAGCUCCCCAGACGCCCCUGACUGCCGGCGCCCAGGGGCCGAGGCAGAGCUACGGCCAGAGGGCCGCCGCAGCAUGAGGCUGGGGGCUGUGUUUCCUCGAGCCCCCGCCCCAGCUCCAGCUGACAGUCCUCCCGCCAAGCCUGGUUCCCAUAAUCUGCGCCCCCGGAGCUUCCUGUCCCCCACCAAGUGUCUGAGAUGCACCUCGCUCAUGCUUGGCCUCAGCCGCCAGGGGCUGGCCUGUGAAGCCUGCAGUUACUUCUGCCAUUCUGCCUGUGCCCCUCUGGCUCCUCCCUGCCCUGUGCCCCCUGAACUCCUCCGGACAGUCCUGGGCGUCAACGCUGAGACUGGCAUCGGUACAGCUUAUGAGGGCUUCCUGUCGGUGCCGCGCCCCUCGGGGGUGCGCCGAGGCUGGCAGAGGGUGUUUGCCAUGCUCAGCGACCUCCGCCUCCUCUUAUAUGACGCCCCUGACCCGAAGCUCUGCCCCACGAGUAGCGCCCUCAUCCAGACGCUGGACUUGAGGGACCCCCGGUUCUCAGCCGCCCCAGUCCUAGCAUCAGAUGUCAUCCAUGCACAGUCCCGGGACCUACCGCGCAUCUUCAGGGUAACGGCAUCUCAGCUGACCGUCCCCCCGACCCUGUGUUCCGUGCUGCUCCUGGCCGACAGUGAGGCGGAGAGGGCCCGCUGGCUGCAGGUGCUGGGGGAGCUGCAUCGCCUCCUGACGGACAUGCGGCCCCGGCCUCUCCCCAUCUACACCCUGAAGGAGGCCUAUGACAACGGGCUGCCCCUGCUACCCCAUGCCCUCUGCGCGGCCAUCAUUGACCAGGAGCGCCUGGCCCUGGGCACCGAAGAAGGGCUCUAUGUCAUUCACCUGCACAGCAACGAUAUCUUCCAGGUGGGCGAGUGUAAGCGGGUCCAGCGCCUGGCAGUCAGUCAGCCCGCAGGGCUCCUGGCCGUACUGUGCGGCCGCGGCCCCAGCGUCCGCCUUUUCGCCCUGGACGAGCUGGAGAGCAGCGAGGCGGCGGGGGCCAAGAUCACCGAGUCCAGGGGCUGUCAGAGCCUGGCAGCGGGCCGGGUCUUGCAGGCCAGCACAGCCGUACUCUGCGUGGCCGUCAAGCGGCAGGUCCUCUGCUACCAGCUGGGGCCUGGCCCCGGGCCCUGGCACCGGCGCAUCCGAGAACUGCAGGUGCCUGGGCCGGUGCAGAGCCUGGCGCUGGUGGGUGACCGGCUGUGCGUGGGGGCAGCCGGAGCCUUCGCCCUCUACCCGCUGCUCAAUGAGGCGGCCCCUCUGGUGCUGGGCUCGGGGCUGGCUACCGAGGGGCUGGGCCCCAGUGAGGCGCUGGGCGCCGUCGAGCUCAGCCUCAGUGAGUUCCUGCUCCUCCUCUCCACGGCGGGCGUCUAUGUGGACAGGACAGGAAAGAAGUCCAGGAGUCAGGAGCUGCUCUGGCCUGUGGCCCCCACAGGCUGGGGCUACACGGCCCCCUACCUGACAGUGUUCAGCGAGAAUGCCAUCGAUGUGUUUGAUGUUCGGAAGGCAGAGUGGGUCCAAUCUGUGCCGCUCAAGAAGGUCCGCCCCCUGAACCCUGAGGGCUCCCUUUGUCUCUAUGGCUCCGAGAAAGUCCGACUGACCUACCUCAGGAAUCGGCUGGCGGAGAAGGAUGAGUUUGACAUCCCCGACCUGACUGACAACAGCCGGCGCCAGCUGUUCCGGACCAAGAGCAAACGUCGCUUUUAUUUCCGAGUCUCUGAGGAGCAGCGCCAGCAGCAGCGCAGGGAGAUGCUGAAGGACCCCUUUGUGCGCUCUAAGCUCAUCUCUCCACCAACGAACUUCAGCCACCUGGCCCACAUGGGUCCUGGGGAUGGGAGGCCAGAGCUGCCCUUGGCUCCUGACGACAAGGGCCGUGGAGGAGGCCGCGGUCGUGGCCCCGCGAGGCCCCACAGCUUUUCGGAGGCUCCCCGGCGGCCCGCCUCCAUGGGCAGUGAGGUCCUCGUGUCAGACGCAGACUCCGUGAGGAGGAAGCCCAGGUCGUCCCUCUCCAGCGAGUCGGUGUCCUGUAGCCAGGGCCCCCUGAGUCCAGCGACCUCUUUGAGCCAGAUCUCAGACCGUCCCCGGAGCCUUCCCCCGGCCCCUGAAUCAGAGAGCUCCCGCUGAGCCACCCUGGCUGGGAAUACCGGCCCCUCCCCACGCCAGCUCCAGGGGGGGCAAUGGAAGGAGAAAAGUGACCACCAGUGGAGUGUUUUGGACCCAGGAAGGGGCUGGGGCGCCCCCUGCUGGCCGGGGUGGUGUGCAGGAAGGGAUGACCGCAGUAGGGUCCAGGCUCAGGCAGCUGGAUCCUCCCAGAGCUCCCAGACCAGGGGCGGCUCGAGCCCUGUGAUCCCAAUGUCCAACCUCUCCUCAUCCACCCAGCCCAGUCCACAGGGUCAGCCAAGCAUCCCACCUCCCCUGCUCCGUGCCCAGAGCGCCUGCUCAGCGCCCGGUGGGGGGAUCCAGCUUGUGCCUGGGCCCUGGGCAUCGGUGGGUGCUCUUGGGACAGAAGGGUGGGGGUAUCCAGGAGAAGGGAAGAGCCACACUUUGGGGAGUGGAAGGAGGAGUCCCAGCUGGCAUGUUUGGGGGGGUGGAGGGGAAGGGGGGCAACGGGUCCUGUCAGCUGCUGGCCCCGCCUCCUCUGCCCGGGUAUAAAUGAGGCGGAGCCCGAGGGGCAUGGGAAGAGCGAGAACCCCGGGAGACAACAUCCUGAGAGAAUGAGGCAGACGUGGGGACUUAGGUGAGACAAGGAAGGGAGAGGAAGAGAAAGAAAUGGGGCUAGGGAGAGACAGAGAAGGGGGAAGAGGGGCGCCGGGAGAAAAGCUGGAGCGCGGGGAGACGAUUGGAUUUGGACGCAGGAUCCGGGACCAUCAGUCAGUCAACACUUAGGAAGCGCCUACUGUGUGCCCGGCACUGUGUGCUAAGGGCUAGUCCCCUCGCCUCCCUGGGCCUUGGCGUCUCCGAGGUGAUUCCAGAUCUAAGUCCUAGGAUCCCACAAUCCCACGAGAGGGCCAGGAGGAGAGAAGGACUAGAGGAAGAGACGGGACAAAAGAAAGAGGGAGGAGGUGGACCGUGGAGAAAAGGGGAGAAAGGAAGUGUUAGAAAAGGGUGGAGGCGUGGAGGAGAGGAGGAGGAGCAGCAUGGUGCUGGGGGUGUGGGGAGGCAGAAGAGUGAUGGAGAAAAAGCAGGUAGGACCGAAAAGGGGCGGGGCUCCCCUGGAGCGGGGCUGGAGGGAGCUUCCCAUCAUCCAAGCCUGGAGGUGGAGAUGAUGGGGGAGGGGAGAGGAGUUCAGG